GCUGCGGUUCCAGAGCAGCGCUGCAGCGCCGGGACUGAAGGUGGCGCUGUGAGUGACGCUCUUACCACUCAACAGAAGAAGAAUCGGCACAAGGUCGAGCAGAAACAUGAUGUCCGCAGCGGCCCGUUCGGGGCCUUUCUCCAUCUACAUGCAGGCUACAGCCUUCUCCGUGGCUGGCCCGCUCAAGACUCUGGUCCCCGGGGUGGUGCUGAAGGGAGAGAAAAUCGCGCUGAACCCGAAGAGACAGUUCCUGUGCCGCGAGUCUCUGAAUGGUCAGAGUCCGAGAACGGGGCCUGCAGUGACGGUCAGCAUUAACGGGUGUGCAGGAGUCCGGUUUGCCCACACAGACAUCAGGGUACCGGACUUCUCUGACUACAGGCGUCCAGAAGUGCUCGACCCCAACAAGUCGUCUCAGGGCAGCAGUGAGUCCAGAAGAGCCUUCUCCUACCUGGUUACAGGGGCCACCACUGUGGUUGGCAUCUACGCUGCCAAGACGGUGGUCACUCAAUUUGUGUCUUCAAUGAGUGCGUCCGCUGAUGUCCUUGCUAUGUCCAAGAUCGAAAUCAAGCUGAGCGACAUCCCUGAAGGCAAGAACAUGACCUUCAAGUGGCGAGGAAAACCGCUGUUUGUACGUCACCGUACCGAGAAGGAAAUUGCUACGGAGACUUCCGUCAACCUGGCCGAGCUGCGAGACCCUCAGCAUGACAAGGACCGGGUUGUCCACCCCAGCUGGGUCAUCGUCCUGGGUGUGUGCACUCAUCUGGGCUGUGUACCCAUCGCCAACGCGGGCGACUUUGGAGGUUAUUACUGCCCCUGCCACGGCUCACACUACGAUGCCUCAGGACGCAUCAGGAAGGGUCCGGCCCCCCUCAACUUGGAGGUCCCCUAUUACGAGUUCCCAGAUGACGACACGGUGGUGGUUGGAUAAGAGUUGUAAGCAGUGAUGACGAUGGUGUCCUCAGAGCAGUAAUGUUUGGCUAUGUGAGGAAAGGAAAUCACCAGUUUAAUGUCUCGGUUAACUUCAACAUUUAUUUAUAUAUAGAGCAGCCAGAAUACCUAAAAACUGAAGGACGCCACUCUCUUAUGUUUGUUGUGAAUAUUGUCAAACACCUGCCUUUAAGUGAGCAGCCUAUCUGGGCUAAUAAAGGUUUAUUUUACGUGACCGCAAGA